UUCGCGAAUCACCAGCUUGCUAAGGUUUUAAAGAGGUAUGGGGUCACCCAUAGGUUCUCCACCUCUUAUCACCCUCAAACAAGCGGCCAAGUGGAAAACACGAAUAGGGCUUUGAAAAGGAUCCUUGAAAAGACCGUGCAAGAUAACCCAAAAAUUUGGGCCAAGAGGCUUGAUGAUGCCUUGUGGGCGUUUCGAACCGCCUACAAGACCCCAAUUGGUACUACCCCUUAUAAGCUUCUUUAUGGAAAAACUUGUCAUCUCCCGAUUGAGAUUGAACACAAAGCCUAUUGGGCUUUGCAAAAUUGUAAUAUGGAUCUAAUCUUGGCUGGUGAGAAAAGGUUUUUGCAGUUGCACGAGUUGGAUGAAAUGAGGUUGCAAGCUUAUGACAACUCCAUGCUAUACAAGGAGCGUACAAAAGCUUGGCAUGAUAAGAAGAUCAAGAGGAAGGAAUUUAAAGCCGGUGACAAGGUACUUUUGUUUCAAUCAAAGUACAAAAUCAAAGCACCGAAGCUCAAGUCGAGAUGGAUUGGACCGUAUGUGGUGAAAAGAAGUUAUUCGUCCGGAUAUGUGGAGUUGUAUGGCAAUGAUGAGAGCUUUAUUGUAAAUGGACAACGCUUGAAGCAUUAUCAUGAAGAAAAUGAAGAAAAUGCGGAGGUCCGAAGGGUCAUCGUGGGCGUCGAAGUAAGUCAGGUGCAAAAGAUGGCUACCAAGAGACAGCGUGACAUGCAAAGGGCUGCCGCUUCAGCUGAAGCUUCCGCCUCAAGAGCUAGACAACCGGUAGCUCGAGCCCCCGUCAUCCGUACUCCCGAGGAGGUACCCGCAAAGUACCAACCUAAGAUUACUUUAGAUGCUGUGAGGCGUAAGCCUAUUAUUGCUAAUCGUAGGUUAGAUUUCGAUAACCUGGGGAGUUAG